AUGAUCGAUUAUCGACACGGGUCCUGGGGCAUGAAGGUGCUAUGUCUCUCGCGGGGCUCCGUGAUCCCGAAGGCAAUCUGCUGGUCAUUGCCUUGCGCCGCGGCGACGGUGCUGCUCCAUAUCUACUGGGGCGUAUUGAAAGGUGACGAGAAUCAGGAGCUGGAAGGACUUGGCCAGAUUUGGUCCAGCUUUACCUUCGUUUUCGGCUUCCUCAUCGUGUUCCGUAGCAACCAAGCUUACUCGCGCUUCUGGGAAAGCGUGACUUUGUUUCAUCAAACCAGCGGGGAAUGGAUGAGUGCAUUUAGCAACCUGCUGGCAUUUUGCAACACAAAACCCGAGAAAUCUGAGGAGGUGGCUCAGUUUCGCUUCGCACUGAUGAGGCUCUUUAGCCUCCUCCACUGCAAUGCGCUGCAGAACACUUCAGACCUCGCCGACGACAGCCUUGAAAUCUUGGAUGUCGGCGGCUUCAGCAAGCGGAGCUUGCUACACCUGAAGAACAGCCCAGAUAGGACGGAGACGGUCCUAUUGUGGAUUGAGCGACUCAUCUUGGAUGCAGAUCGGGACAAGACGCUAGAUGUCCCGGCGCCAAUUCUGUCCCGAGCUUUCCAAGAACUCUCUCGAGGCAUGGUGAGCGUGACCGAUUUGCGGAAGAUCCGAGACGUACCCUUUCCCUUCCCAUACUCGCAAUUCCUCUCCCUCAUGCUCCUGGCGCACUGGGUAUUGACUCCCAUCGUUGCAAGUCAGGUGAUUGUGAAGCCAUACUGGGCUGGGAUCAUCGUUUUCGUGGUGUCCACUGCCUACUGGACACUCUUCUACAUCGCGCAGGAGAUCGAUCAGCCUUUCGGCGAUGACUCUAAUGAUCUUCCGGUCGCCGACAUGCAAAGAGAGUUCAAUGCCAAGUUGGAGUAUUUCUGCCUUCCAAUGGCCUCCAAGGUCCCCAACGUGAAGAUGGACACGGAUUAUCGACUUCUUGUUCUGGAUUCUGGAUAUGGUGACAUC